AUGGAGGAGAUGCUUCGUCAGAACUCCCUUUCACUCCAAAAGCCGCUGCCGUUGCCGGUGACAAUAGAACCUACAACUGCGACUACAAAAGGGGGUUUGGCUCUCAGUCCAACGAACCUUCCUGUCUCCUCUGUGCUUCUCAGCAACCACUACAAGCUUAUAGUAAAUCAGAACAUUAAGCCUUCACAAUACGACUUCACCCUUAUAAUGAGGUUCAACAGUGUCACCAUCUUCAAAUUCUUCCUCCACCUCUCUACACUCUUUACGCACCUCCAAGCUUACACCACAGUCAACAAUGUCACAAUCAGUUGCGGCACCACUGGAACAUCCUACGACGGUGAAAGAACAUGGACAGGGGACACAGGUUCAAUGUUCUUCUCUAAUCAAGACAACACCGUUUCCUCCAACCCAACAACACCACAACCUAAUUCCACCCUUAAGGUACCCUACAACACAGCACGUGUGUCUCGUUCCCAAUUCAAUUAUUCCUUCCCCGUAACCCCAGGCUCCUAUUUCCUUCGCCUCUUCUUCUACCCAGCUUCUUACCCUUCCUUUCCCCGUACACAAGCAUCUUUCACCGUUCAUUGCAACCAAUUCACACUCUUCUACGGUUUCAACGUCAACGCGGAAGACACGGAAUUCAUCUUCAGAGAGUACGUGGUCAACGUUCACAACGGUGAGACACUCAACCUCAGCUUCACUCCCUCACAACCUAACUCCCACGCUCUCAUCAACGGAAUCGAGGUAUUUUCUAUCCAAAGCGAUCUCAAUUACACCACACCACAUGGUGCGGACUUCAAGCUCGUCGGAACCGAUGCCUCGUACAGCGUUACAACCGACACUGUUCUGCAGACAGAGUAUAGGAUCAAAGUAGGAGGUCAAGGAAUUUGGCUGCCAAAAGACAUCGGUUUGUUCAGAAACUGGACCGACAAAGACGAACAUUAUUUAAUUGAAGAAGAAAAUUGUAGCAGUAAUGAUCUCGCUGGCGACGUGUAUGGUAAGAUGAACAUAACCUUGAACCAUGGUUACGUGCCAUCCAAGGAACUGUACAGAACAGCGUGUAUCACGGAGAGAUCUAAGUUGACUUGGGACUUCCCCGUUGACUCUGGCUUCUACUACUUGGUCAGGCUCCAUUUUUGUAAACUUGACCAGAACAUUACUGACAUCGCUGACAGGUUGUUCUGCAUUUACAUAGGUAGCGACCUGGCUGAGGAUCACGCUGAUGUUAUGAGAUGGAGCAACCAACAUAAAGGUUUACCCGUGCAGAGAAAUUUUGUCGUUUUGAUUCCCAAAAUGGAUACUCAGAAAAUGGUUAGUCUCUCGCUCCAAUUGCAUCCUUGUUUGAAUUCGAGCAUUCCGUGCUUGAGCGGUCUCGAGAUCUUCAAAAUCAGCGACUCCAACAACCUCGCCAGACCUAACGUGCAGAACGAUCUUGCAGUCGGAAAGAGAAGGAACGUCUUAUCAAUCGGAAAAAGCACGAAUUACAUCACAAAACAUAAAAUUAUCAUAGCAGGGGUGGUAUUCGUCUUGGUCUCGUUUCUUGGUUUCGCCGUCGUUUGGUGUGUAAUAUCCAAGUUCAAUUUAUGCUCGUUCUCAACCAAAGUACACCACCAACUGUCAACCAAUUCACACGAACUGUCAACCAACACGCUCAUCUGCCGGCGCUUCUCCCUCGUGGAGAUCAAAGCCGCCACCAACAACUUCGACGACGCUGCCGUCGCCGGCGUCGGGGGAUUUGGCCACGUGUACAGGGGCAUCAUCCGCAGAAUUUUCAUGCCGGUGGCUCUCAAGCACUUCAGACCGGGUUCAAAUGGCCCUGCAAAGUUCCUGAACGAGAUGGAGGUGGCUAUCAAGCGCCACAAACCGGGUUCAAAGCAGGGCGCUGAAGAGUUUCUAAACGAGAUCGAGUUGCUCUCGCAGCUCCGCCAUCGCAAUCUUGUUCCUCUCAUCGGUUACUGCAACAGCAAGGAGGAGAUGAUUCUGGUCUAUAGUUUCAUGGCACGUGGCAACCUCCGGGACCAUCUAUAUAACAGCGACAAGCCUCAGUUGCCAUGGAAGCGACGCUUGCAGAUUUGUAUCGACGCAGCGCAGGCGCUUCACUACCUCCAUAGUGGCGCCAAAGCAUACACGAUCAUCCACAGCGACGUGAAAACCACGAACAUCUUGUUGGAUGAGGAGUGGGUGGCCAAGGUUUCGGAUUUUGGGCUUUCCAGAAUUGGGCCCAUGGUUGAGUCCAAGGCCCAUGUCGGCGACACCGCCAUGAAGGGAAGCUUUGGGUAUAUAGAUCCAGAGUAUUAUAAACGGCAAUAUUUGACGGAAAAGUCUGACGUGUACUCUUUCGGGGUAGUGCUGUUUGAGGUACUGUGCGCUCGUCCGCCACUGAUCCGCACCGCGGAUCCGAUGCAAGAGUCGCUUUGUCAUUGGGUUAGGUAUUGUUACCAAAAUGGGACAAUGGCUCAGAUAUUGGACCCCACGUUGAAUGGGAAGAUCGCGCCCAAAUGCUUUAGAAUGUUUUGCAAGAUUGGGGUGAGUUGUUUGUCGGAAAUUGGGACGCAGAGACCGUCCAUGAAUGACGUGGUUGGGAAGCUUAAGUAUGCUCUGCAACUACAAGAAAUUGCAGAUAUUAGCGAGGCGCAUUCUAAUACUAAAAUCCCAUUGUCUGUUUAGGCGAAUUGAAUUACUUCAUUUCUAGGAUCAACGAUUUUGAUGAGGCUGGUUUAAUACGAUUGUUCUAACAAAUGCAUAUAUUUUAUGGUUGUUUCAGGAA